AUGUCCACUCUGUCCUGGAACUGCCCAGGGCAGCGGAGUGUUCAGCAGGAAGACCUCGAGUGCCGACCCGAGGAGGGACUCCCAGCACGUGUGUGUCCCCGGGCCCUCCGCACACCCUCUACGUGCCCAGUUGAAGUUAACCCCUCGACUUUGGCAAGGAGCCCAGCCCCAGGAUCCCGUUCUGUGAUCCGGAAAGAACACAGACCACCCGCCUUGGAGUUUCGGCUGAACUGGGUGGUCUUGUUUGCUCUCUUACAAGGUUUCCAGGGUGAGGUGAAGCUGGUGGAGUCUGGAGGAGGCCUGGUGCAGCCUGGGGGGUCUCUGAGACUCUCCUGUGUCGGCUCUGGAUACACCUUCAGUAGUUAUCCCAUAGGCUGGGUCCGCCAGGCUCCAGGGAAGGGGCUGGAGUGGCUGGCAGCUAUUAGUACUAGUGGUAGUAGCACCUACUACGCAGACUCUGUGAAGGGCCGAUUCACCAUCUCCAGAGACAACUCCCAGAACACGGCCUAUCUGCAAAUGAACAGCCUGAGAACCGAAGACACGGCCCGGUAUUACUGUGCAACAGGCACAGUGAGGGGAAAGCAGUCUGAGCCCAGACACAAACCUCCCUGCAGGGACAUAGGGUCUGGGCUGCAGGGGGCACUCAGGACCCACAAUCACUAUGUCUGUGUUUCAUGCCCAGGAGCAGCCCUGGCAGAGGAGCCCCUGCCCCAGCAGGCCCAGCUGCUCCCACUGUGUGAUCAGGCCUGA